GUUGAUGAUCUGAUUUUUAAAGACCACACUGUAUGCUUGAGCAGUAUGCCAUAUAUUCUGGAGUCAUCAACAUUUUUUUCAAAGACUGUCAGCGCGACCAUUUUCAUCCUGUACGCGUCGGUCAGAAAUAAAAAUUGACCAGAUUGAUCAGCCGCUGACUGCCCAGCUUGUCUGUAUUAGUCUUUCCAGGUGAAUGAAUGCGUCGCUCAGCAGCUCCCAGCAAGCGAAUAGCCCAUUCUUCUGCACCGACAUUAGCAGAUCAGAAUAAACGAACUCUUUCUAAUCAGCCGGAGAAUGGUCGCUCCGCAGCUGGAUCUCACUAUGAAAAUAAGCGCCAAAGGGUCAUUCCGCAGAACAACGAAACAACUGCCAGCGACAGUGCUGUCCUAAAGAGCACUGAAUCGAGAUACUUUUCUAUUGUAUGGCGAAAACAGUCUAUGAAGAAGAAUAAGACGUGGGAUGGUGAUGGCUAUCUGGUUUUAAACAAUAAAAUUCUGGAGAUAUUCGACACCAACCGAAAAGAGCUGGCUAAGUUAUCGGCCACGUUCGUUAAGAGCUAUAGCGAAGGAAGUGAAUUUGCAGCAUCCGGAAAGGACUUUGAGAUUGCAAGAGAAAUAACUAAACAGGAAUAUGAAUUGGAGACUGGACAAACUGUUGCCGAAUCUAAGGAUCCGGCUACUGUAGAACGACCUGUGAUUCGACGCGUGGCAUUACCGAAAUUUCGAGCUCACACCACGCUACCUCCUGCACCAUCCGUGGCAAAUUAUUCCAUUCAACCGCGUCACAAGCCCGAUGUUCCUGGAAGUUUGGUCUUACCUCGGCCAUCCGACAAAUACGUUCUUCAAUACAAUAAGCGAAAUCGACCGCUGGUGGAUGUUGUUGUUGAUCCUGUCAUUUGCCAGCAUUUAAGAGACCACCAGAGGCAAGGCGUUGCUUUCAUGUAUGAAUGCCUGAUGGAUAUGAAGGAUUACGGUGGCGAAGGCGUCUUGUUGGCAGAUGAAAUGGGUCUCGGUAAAACAUUGCAAGCUAUAGCGCUACUAUGGACAUUGCUAAAGCAAACACCCUUUCAUGGAGAGCCACCGAUCGUCAAAAAAGCGCUAAUUGUUUGCCCAACGAGCGUCAUAGAAAAUUGGAAGAAGGAGUUCAAAAAGUGGCUCUGCGAUGAAAGAAUCAGUGUUUAUACUGUGGAUCAAAAAUCUCAACUUAAUGAUUUCCUGCACAGUCCCAUUUACAGUGCUAUGAUAGUUGGUUACGAAAAGCUACGGAAUAUGGAGGAUGAACUUGAAGGUGCUUCGUUCGACAUAAUUAUUUGUGAUGAAGGUCAUCGACUGAAGAACCAAAACAUAAAGACACUGCAAGUCAUCAGCGCUAUGCCAGCCAACAAGCGUAUAAUACUUAGUGGAACACCAAUACAGAAUCAUUUAGAAGAGUUUUGGUGCAUGAUAAAUUUCCUCAAUCCCAAUAUAUUAGGCAAAUAUUCUCACUUCAAAAAGAUGUACGAGACACCCAUCAACCAGGCCCGGCAGCCUAAUUCAACAAAGGAGGAUUUGGAGCUGGGAAAUGAGAGAGCUGACGAGCUCCUGAAGCUGGCCUCUCAGUUUAUGCUCAGGCGAGAAAUAGAUGUGAUAGCCAAAUAUUUGAAACCUAAAGUGGAGUAUGUUAUAUUUUGCCGGCCUUCAGCCUUGCAACAGCAGCUUUAUCACAAGUUACUAUGGUCAGCAGCAUGGAUGGAUAUGGCACGGAAUCGCGCCGGAUUCCUCGGUUGCAUUACCGCCCUCAAAAAGGUCUCAAAUUGUCCUACAUUGGUAUAUGAGAGUGCGAUGACUGGCGGUAAGCAGGAAGCCAGCCUGUUUUCUAGCACAGAUUGUUUGGAUGAGUUCCCAGAGAACUUUGAUGGAAGGCAGAUAAAUCAUAAAGACAGUGGUAAACUAUAUGUUCUUGUAGAGCUUCUGGCCAAAUUGCGUCAGCAUACAUCAGAAAAAGUGGUCCUUGUUAGCAACUACACCCAAACGCUAGACAUCUUAGAGGUGAUGUGUGACGAGCAUAAUUACAAGUAUUAUAGACUUGACGGAUCAACGCCAGCCGCUCAGAGACAAACGAUGGUCGAUCAUUUUAAUGAGCCUGAUGAUGAUCGUUUUGUAUUCUUAUUGAGCGCGAAAAGUGGUGGCAUUGGCUUGAACCUGACUGGAGCAUCACGACUGAUCCUUUUUGACCCUGAUUGGAACCCUAGUGUGGACAAGCAAGUCAUGGCCAGAAUUUACCGUGACGGACAGAAAAGAACUGCACAUGUGUACAGAUUGUUAACCACAGGUACUAUUGACGAAAAGAUAUUCCAGAGGCAAUUGAACAAGAGCUCUUUGAGUGAGUCGAUCAUGGGUCUGGGAGAAGAGCCGAGCGUAAACCAUUUCAGCGAUAGUCAGAUUCGCGAUUUGUUCAGACUAGACACAGAUACUUUCUGCCAAACGCACGACCUGCUUCGCUGCAAAUGCAGUGUAAGCAUCAACAUGAUGAAGUACCAUCUUUUUUUUUAUAUUCUUUUUAACAUAGAGAAUUAUAGGAAACAACGCAGAAUAUAGAUCCAGAAGAACCUAGGCAGGCAUUUCUUACCAAGAACGAUAUUAAAUCCCUAGAAGAAUGGAAACAUAUUAUGAUUUCUGAAAAUAAUGUAGAUAAUGAUAUGUUAGCGAUAGACGACACCAUCCUAACUCAAGCAUUGCUCACGUUUCGACAGCGGCAAGAAGACGUUGUUAGCUUCGUGAUGAAAAAAAGUAACCAAUAAAAUGUGAGAGUGGCUUAGCUAAAGAC